AUGUCCCUCGUGCUCUCAUCAACGGUAGAAAACAUCGGUCUGAUCCGUCUCAACAGGCCGUUGUCACUGAAUGCGCUGUCAGGAGAGCUCAUCGAUGAGUUGCUCCUCGCCUUAAAGGCAUUUGAUGACAACGCCGAAGUCGGAGCGAUAGUUUUAACCGGGAAUGAAAGAGUCUUCUGUGCCGGAGCCGAUAUCAAAGAGCUGAAGGAACUGACGUUCGUCAAUGCGUAUAUGACGAGAUUUCUGCAGAAUCUCAACGACGGGGUAUCGGCAGUGCGGAAGCCUGUAAUUGCGGCCGUGAACGGUUACGCUCUUGGCGGAGGAUGCGAAUUAGCAAUGAUGUGUGACAUUAUCUAUGCAGGACAAACAGCGAAGUUCGGUCAGCCCGAGGUUAAGAUCGGACUUAUACCUGGCGCUGGCGGUACUCAGCGGCUAAUGAAGGCUGUAGGCAAGGCGAAGGCAAUGGACAUGAUCUUGACAGGUGAACCGAUCACUGCACAAGAAGCCGAAAAGGCUGGUCUAGUUGCAAGAGUACUUCCAGAGGAAAGAGUCGUUCCAGAGGCCAUUGAAACAGCUAAGCACAUUGCGUCUCUCUCAGCUCCAGUCAUUGCAAUGGCAAAAGAGGCAGUGAAUCAGGCCGAGGAAACGUCCUUGCAUGCUGGUCUCACGUUUGAGCGUCGUUUGUACCACGCUGCCUUUGACCUGAACGAUGCUAAGGAGGGAAUGACUGCUUUCUUGCAGAAGAGAGGAGCACAGUGGGGCAAUACUUGA